UCUGAGAUAAUGCAGCUUAGUGAGCUUUAAGCCAUGUGACCACGCCUGUGUUCACCAUUCAUUCCAAACACACACACACAGUUCAUCUUCAUCUCACUUGAGCCCAAACACCUGACAGAGAUGAUGAACACUCUGGAAGAUAUCCCAUUUGGAACCUCACUGGGGUCACUGGGGCAGGAUGUGUACUUGAUGACGCCCCCUGACAUCUCUGUGCCGGACUGUCUUCGGAUCAUGCAAGAAACUCAGUAUGGCUUCAAUUUGGAGAAGCUCAUAUUAACAGGCCAGCAGCCUGCCUACCAGGCUCCAUCGUGUCCUCCCUACUGGCUGAUGUUCAGCAGCCCUCACGAGUGCUACAGGGCCCCUCACAGGCUCGACGAUCCUUGGGCCUCCAAACCUCGCCCCCGUAGUCACAGUGUGAACUCUGCAGACUCCUACUGGCUACACCACCGCGCGCACCCAUCCGACUCGGACGAAGAAGACGGCUACUGCGAGGACAACGAAGGCUCGUCCCCCGAAGACAGUCCUCAGGAGCCCACCAAGAGUCGAGAGCGGCCCCGUAGCACAGCCCUUUCCAGGGUCAAAGACAUGCACCUCGGUCUUCCCGCUCACUGCCGCAGGGCCCGGUUGAGCCACAGAGGUGCCUUGGAGUCUCCCGAGUGCAGCGGCACCAAGAAGAGGCAGCGGGCACACAGUGCUGUGGGCAGAUUGCACCCCCAAAACAAUUCCGGAAGGCUGCAGCAGCAACGACCCUCCUCCGCAGGCCCUGUCAUCAAAAACCGCCGGCAAAAGGCCUUCAGGACUGGAGACUUCCUUGACUCAGCCACGGAGCUGCUGUCCGCUCUCAGCCAAGAAGAGAGGGAGCUGCUGGAGGCCGUCACGGACAGAGGGUACCCGUUACAGACGGCCAUCUUGGCUCUGCAGAAGACUGGAUACAACACACCAGACAAGCUCUUAAAAUACCUGGCAGCCUGCAAUCAUCUGUGCGAGUUGGGCUACGAUGAAGCGCAAGUGGAGGAGGCCUUGGAGAUGUUCCAGAACUGUGAGAGCAAGGCUGCAGAGUUUCUGCACCUUCUGACUCAGUUCAAUGAGAUGGGCUUCCAGCAAAGUGCCAUCAAAGAAGUGCUGCUUGUUCAUGAAAAUCAUCGGGAAAGGGCUCUUGAAGAACUAAUGACCCGCAUGACUUAAAUUGUGGAGCUCGGGUAUCAAACUAAAAGCUUUGAUUCAGUAUUAGUGUAUAAAUUGGCGGCGAUUAUAAAUUUAGUUAUGUUUCCAUCACAACUAUGAGACGAUAAAAAAAAAAAAAAAACGAGUUUGAGAAAAAAAAAAAAAAAAAAACGAGUUUGGCACCUG